AUGUCCGCGCGAUAUCUCGAGUCUCUUUUCGGUCUCAACGGCCACCUUGCGCUCGUGACUGGAGCCAGCUCAGGCAUUGGCCGGGCCAUGGCACUGGCUCUCGGCCUGGCUGGGGCAAAAGUGGUGCUCGUUGCUCGUCGCGCAGAGCCUCUCCACGCCGCCGUUCAGCAAUUUCGCGACCAGGGCGUCGACGCCGCCGGCCUGGCCCACGACGUGCGAAGCACCGAAGCGAUCAAGUCCGCCGUGCUGUCUGCAUACGGACUGCCGAGCAUCCUGGUCAACGCCGCCGGCGUCAACACGCGGGUCCACAUGAGCGACCUCACGCAGGAGCACUGGGACGAGACCAUGGCCGUCAACCUCACGGCGGCGUUUCGGCUGGGCCAGGCCUUUGGGCCGGCCAUGGCGGAGCGCGGCCGCGGCCGCAUCAUCAACGUCGUGAGCCAGCAGUCGCUGCGCGCCUUUGGCAACAGCAGCGUGUACGGCGUCUCCAAGGCCGGGCUGGCUGGGCUUACACGCUCCCAGGCGGAGGCCUGGUCGCCGCGGGGCGUGCUGUGCAAUGCCGUCGCGCCGGGGUUUGUGGAAACACCGCUGACGGCGGCGGCGUGUGCGGAGGAGGGUGUCGUCGCAAAGCACGUUGCGAGGACCAUGGUGGGCAGAAACGGCGUGCCGGGCGACUUUGCAGGAGCCGCUGUGUACUUGGCCAGCAGGGCAAGCGAUGCAGUUACGGGCACGGUACUGUUCGUGGAUGGUGGGUAUAAUGCGACGUAA